UCACGCAUCAACCGCGUGACCAUGCAGGACGACGGCGGCGGCUGAGGUGCGGGCGCGGGGAAGACAGCCGACGCGCGGCGAGCGGCGGCGGCGCUCUUCACUUCUUCGCAAUCGGUCGACAGAACGACUCGCGUCCACAUUUACAGAUACAGAACACUUUUUUCUUAACCUCAAGUGUACAUUAAAUACUAAAUAAAAUACUUUGUAUUAUUAACAUGGUCCUUCUACCGGGAAUAAUCCAGGAAUAAAUCUUCAAGAAAAACAAUUGGAUCACCGAUCACCAAAUUCACCGUUGCAGCGGGAAGAAGUCAACCAGUGAAACGGUCAAGGACCUCUGUGAGUUCGUUCCAAUUCCUAACCUUGUUCCUAGACAUCCAUUUCACACAAUAAUGUGUUUUUAAAAUCAUUUUUUCUUCCCACUAGUGCAAACCGGUUAUUUUAUACGGCGACGCACCUCUUUUGUUCUCAGCUGUGCUUGCUGACGUGUUUAUUUUAUUAGUUAGCUGCCUGUUCUUUUUGCAUUGCAAUUUAUUUGCAUUAAGUCUCCUUGCUUGUAAAAUAAACAGCUUUUUUUGACUUUGACAGUUAGUUUUGAAUUAAUUUCAAAUCUUAACAGUUUUUUAAGUUUUUAAGUCUUCAAUUCUCAAAAUUAAGAGCAAAAUGGAUAUCGAUAAAUUAGUAAAACAGCGCAGUGGCAUUAAAGCUAAACUUACCAACUUUGAAAAAUGGAGAUCGAGUUAGCUUCGGCGAACCCCGAAAACGAGUACGUGGAACGAAAUCAGAUUGAAGAACGGUACCACUCAUUGAUCGCCAACGCGCGCAGCCAGCUCCGAACCAGCGGCUCGGAGUGUAAGGGGUCGAAGACGGGCACUACAAUGGACUCCAAAUCAGGUGCAUCGCUUAAAAAUGGCUUUGUUCGCUUACCAAAAAUUGAUUUACCGCACUUUGACGGGGGCUACCAGUGCUGGCUAGAAUUUAGAGAUACAUUCAUAUCAUUGAUACAUAACAGCGAUUGUAUCGAUGGAAUAAAUAAGUUUCAUUACCUCCGGGCAUCCCUUAAGGGUCGUGCGGCGGAGGUUAUUAAGAAUAUUGAUUUUAAGGAUGAAAAUUAUGUGAUUGCUUGGGACUUACUGUGUGAUCGUUACAACAACAAUCGCUUGUUAAUUAAUAAUCAUGUGCAGGCUCUAUUCGAUUUAGAACCUAUAACUAAGGAAUCAUCAGCUUCUCUGCGACGUCUUAUAGAUGUCAUAAAUAAAAAUCUACGAGCACUUAAGACGUUAAAGGAGCCGACAGAGUAUUGGGAUACUCUUAUAAUAUUUAUGAUGUCUAGAAAGUUAGAUAUAAAUACAAACCGAAAAUGGGAAGAGUACCGCAAUGCAUUGUCUGAAUCUCCUACCUUAACGAAACUUAUUUCAUUUAUUAAUGGGAGGGCUGAUCUCUUAGAAACAUUAGAGGUUAAUCAAAAUAAGUCAAGCACUAGUGUCAAUAAUAAACAAAAAUCAUUUAUUAUCGCAAGUACCAAAGAGAAUCAGAAUACACACAAAGAAAUGAUAAACAAUAAGUUAGAAAAUAGCAAGGCACAUAGUAAUAAUUUACAUAACAAAUUAAAAUGUCCAUUAUGUUCUAACGAUCAUCUGUUAUAUACAUGUGAUUUGUUUAAAAUUUUACCUACUGAAACACGAUUACAAAAGGCUAAAGAACUACGUGUCUGUCUAAAUUGUUUGCGCUCGAGUCAUAUCACCAAGAAAUGUCGAUUAGCUGGUUGUAAAUAUUGCAAAUCCAGGCAUAAUACUCUCUUGCAUGUUGAACCGACUGAGCAGCCUCAUCAAGACCCAAUGCCUUCAGCGUCAAAUAGUAUCGCCUUGCCAAUCGAUACUACAAACAGUGUCGUCUUAUCAGCUGAUACUAUUCACCAUACUAGUACAACCAAUGUGUUGCUAUCCACAGCUAUGGUGAAAGCGGUGAGCAACAGCGGUGAGAAAGUCAACGCUCGAAUCCUGCUCGACAACGGCAGUACCGCCAACUUUGUGACGGAAAGCCUCUGCGCCAAGCUGGAUUUGUUACGACGUAAGACUACCUCCACUGUCACAGGUAUCAACCAACAGUCUUCCUACAGUACACAGUCUUGCAAUCUACAUAUUGAGUCUUAUAAUGGUGACUAUAGGAUUAAUUUGGACUGCCUAAUUUUGCCUGAGAUUACUAAACGUUUGCCAGCCUCUUAUGUCGAUGCGAAGAACAUUCCUAUUCCGUCAAGCCUACGGUUAGCUGACCCUACAUUUAAUGUUCCGGCUGUCAUUGACAUUUUAGUAGGCGCAGAAAUCUUUUGGAGUGUUAUAGGCACAGCUUCGAUAGAUUUAGGCAAGCGCAUGCCUAAGCUAUAUGACACCAAAUUUGGUUGGAUAGUGUCUGGACCAGUUUCUCAGCUUCGUUCGUCUUUAAAAAAGGGCUCACAUUUGUGUAAUUUUACCCACUUAACCGAACAACCUAAUUUAACAAGGUUUUGGGAGCUGGACUCUAUUUCUUCUAAGCACGCCCAGUCUCAAGAGGAACGGGAGUGUGAGUUAAGUUUCAAACAAAAAACUAUUCGUAAUGAUAGUGGCAAAUUUAUUGUUACUAUGCCUUUAAAAACUGAUCCAAGCGUAUUAGGCAAUUCGUACAAUAUGGCAAAACACCGUUUUCUGUCGUUAGAACGUCGCUUUCAACGGGAACCAGAAUUCAAGGCCAGAUAUAUCGAAUUUAUGAAUGAGUACGAAAACCUUGGUCAUAUGAGUGAAGUUAACAACUCAAGGCCGCAUUCAAACGACUGCACCGAAUACUUCAUUCCUCAUCAUGGAGUAAUUCGCGAAUCCAGUACGACAACGAAGCUGAGAGCUGUAUUUGACGCAUCUGCCACUACUUCUUCUAAGGUUUCACUUAACGAUAUUCUAAUGGUAGGGCCUAAAGUACAGGAUGAUUUACUUUCAAUAUUGUUAAGAUUUCGGCAACAUAAAUAUGUUGUCACUGGAGAUAUUGAGAAAAUGUAUCGAUGUAUAGAAGUGACUCAUUCACAACGAUCAUUACUGCAAAUUAUUUUUAGAAAAGAUCCCAAAGAACCACUAAAGACGUACAGAUUAAAUACAGUCACUUAUGGGACAUCAUCUGCACCUUAUCUAGCAACAAAGUGUCUGGUGAGUCUUGCGGAUGAUGCUACCACAGACAACGUGAGGUCUGCAAUUGCACGGGAUUUUUAUGUAGAUGAUUAUUUGGGCGGAGGUUCGACUAAAUCAGAAACUAUAGAUCUAGUGAAGCAAAUUAAUUCAAUUCUCUCAUCUGCUCAUUUUUUUCUGCGUAAGUGGCAAUCUAAUAGUCCAGAAAUUCUCGAAGAAAUAGCUGGUAACUCGGGUAAAUCUGGUUCAUUAGACUUGUCCAGUCACUCCCAGUCAUCGAAUAAAACUCUGGGUCUGCACUGGUUUUCCAAUACUGACACAUUAUCCUUCUCAAUUAAUAUUUCCGCAAAGGAAAUAAUAACAAAGCGACACAUUCUUUCUGUGAUUAGUCAAGUGUUCGAUCCGCUAGGACUGGUUGGCCCUUGUAUUGUUGAAGCAAAGUUAAUAAUGCAGCGACUAUGGGUUGAACAGUCCGAAUGGGACGAUGAAGUCUCGUCUGAGAUAGUCGAAAUGUGGUCUAAUUUUGUUCGCACACUUCCUAGUUUAAACAGCUUAAACAUUCCACGAUGGGUCUGCUGCAACCUAGCGGUGGAACAUGAAUUGCAUAUUUUUUGCGACGCGUCAGAAAAGGCGUAUGGCGCAUGCAUAUACGUUCGAUCAGUAUGUAGUGAUGGAUCAGUAAAUGUACAACUUUUGGUGUCCAAAAAUCGUGUAGCACCAAUAAAGACUGUUACUAUUCCGCGCCUUGAGCUCUGUGCUGCGCUAUUAGGUACAAGACUGUGUACUACCGUAACAGAAUCCUUGACUAUGCCCAUAGACAAGCGAUUAUUUUGGAGCGACUCGAUGAUCGUGUUGGGGUGGCUCAACAUAUUACCAAAUCAACUAAAACCCUUUGUACGUAAUCGAGUCGCCGAAAUUCAGGAAAGCACUGCUGGAGAUAAGUGGAGGUAUGUACCGUCGAAGGACAAUCCGGCGGACCUUGUUUCUCGCGGGGCGAGGGCCGAUUCCAUCGGUGCAUGUUCGUUAUGGUGGACGGGCCCUAGUUUCUUACACAGCUGCGAAAGUAGCUGGCCUAUUAUGCCCUGUAAUAGCGUGAACAAAAAUCUACCUGAAGUAGUGUGUAAUUUUACUGAUCAAGUUGACACUCUUAUUAAUUCCAAUCAAUCAUCUAACAAUUCAAUAAUUCGGUCCUUAAUUCAAAAUAAUUCUAAUUUCAAUCGUCUUCAAAGAAUCAUUGCCUACAUCUAUAGAUUCAUUCAUAAUUUAAAAAAUUCUAAUUGUAAACUGCAAGGUUCGCUUUCCACUGAUGAAUUAGAUAACGCUUUAACAAGUUUACUACUUAGUGCACAAGCAGAUAUGUUUCCAAUAGAGUGCAAUAUUUUGAAGUCGGGAAAAUCACUGCCUCAUAAAAAUCGUUUAAUUUCAUUAACACCAUUUGUAGAUACAAAAGGAAUUAUACGCGUAGGAGGCAGGCUUGAUAAUUCACCAUACGAUUAUAAUACAAAAUAUCCUAUCUUACUUUGUAGUAAACAUCAUCUUACUAGAAUACUUUUUCACAUGCAACAUAAAAGGUUGCUUCACGCUGGUCCACAGUUAUUAUUGGCAAAUAUGCGACUUAACUAUUGGCCUUUAGGCGGCAGGAAUCUUGCCAAAACUGUUGUCAAACAAUGUUUAAAAUGUUUUAGAUAUAAGUGUCAAAAUAUACAACCAAUGAUGGGUCAACUUCCAUGCUCCAGAACCAACAUUACAUUUCCAUUUUUUAACUCUAGUGUUGACUAUGCUGGCCCAGUACUGAUAGCUGACCGAAAAGGUCGCGGUUGUAAGCUUACAAAGUCCUAUUUAUGCAUCUUUGUUUGUCAUGCAACAAAGGCGGUCCAUUUGGAGCUCGUCACCGACCUUACAAAAGAAGGCUUUAUUGCAGCUCUGAAUCGUUUCACGUCUCGCCGUGGUAAACCUCAAAGCAUACUAUCGGAUAAUGGCACGAACUUUGUUGGGGCUGAUAAUGACUUAAAACGAAUUGAAUCCGAUGUUGCAUCUGAAAUGGCAGAGCAGGGCAUUAAGUUUGUUUUUGCGCCCCCUUAUUCCCCUCACUUUAAUGGCAUGGCUGAAGCUGCCGUAAAGUCCACCAAGAACCAUCUAAGAAAGUUGCUAAGUCUCACUAACUUCACUUACGAAGAGCUGGCAACCUGUCUGUGUCAAAUAGAGGCUGUUCUCAAUUCCCGUCCUCUAACUCCCUUGUCCUGCGACCCAUCCGAUUUGUCUGUCCUCACUCCUUCCCAUUUUUUAAUUGGACGAACUCUCACGUCUAUACCGUGUUCACAGGUUCCUGACAAAACCAUCAGCUGCUUAGACCGCUUCAAAAGGAUUGAAUACGUUCGUCAACACUUCUGGCAGCGUUUCUCUAAUGAAUAUGUUUCAUCACUUCAACAGAAAACCAAAUGGUCAGUCGCUUCAGAUAGGAAGCUCAGAGAAGGAACACUUGUACUCAUCCGAGAGAAGGCGCUUCCACCACUUGUUUGGGCACUAGGUCGUGUAGUACGAACCUAUGCAGGUGUCGACGGCAUCACACGCGUGGCAGACGUGAAGACAAAGAGAGGAGUCAUCACAAGAGGGUUUAACAAUAUUUGCCCUCUUCCCUUCGAAGACGUCAACAGGCGGGAGGAUGUUCACGCAUCAACCGCGUGACCAUGCAGGACGACGGCGGCGGCUGAGGUGCGGGCGCGGGGAAGACAGCCGACGCGCGGCGAGCGGCGGCGGCGCUCUUCACUUCUUCGCAAUCGGUCGACAGAACGACUCGCGUCCACAUUUACAGAUAGAGAACACUUUUUUCUUAACCUCAAGUGUACAUUAAAUACUAAAUAAAAUACUUUGUAUUA